AUGGCAGACAAACUUCGCGCGCAGCAACAGCUUGAACAGCUCCAGCAGCGUUAUGUUGGGACGGGCCAUGCUGAUACAACAAGAUUCGAAUGGACGAGUAAUAUUCAAAGAGAUUCGUAUGCCUCGUAUGUGGGCCACCCGCCUUUGUUGAGUUACAUGGCAAUUGGAAUGGGAAGUCCAAGGGAGAUGGUUAGGAAAAAUAUGAUUGAGAAAAUGAUACAACCAGUUGGAAAGCCCCCCGAGGUGCAGGAUUAG